AUGGCGCCAAGGCUCCCUCCUUCCAAGCUCGAGAUGAUCCGCGACAUGAUACUUAGUGAAUCCUUAAACACAUCACAGAUGGCUGAAGCAGCUGAAUGUAGUGAGCGUUCAAUCAUCAACCUCCGCAACAACCUCCACCUAUUUGGGAAUGUCCGAGCGCCUCCUACACGUGUCGGACGACGACGAAGUAUCACCCCUCCAAUGCUAGAGGCUAUAUGUGAUCAUCUUCUUGAGAAACCUGGGCUCUAUGUGGAUGAGAUGGCGCUCUUUUUAUGGGAUGAAUUCCAUAUUCGGAUAACGAAUUCCAGUCUUAAGCGGGCUCUUGCAUCUGUCGGCUGGUCGAAAAAGGUGGCUCGACAAAGAGCAAAGGAACAAAACGCCGAUUUGCGAGACUUCUACAUACCUACAUAA